AUGAUCUACAACCACAAAGGCGAUGACUACCUUCUACAUCUGGUGGAUACACCUGGGCACGUGGACUUCCGCGCGGAGGUUUCGCGGAGUUACGCCAGUUGUGGGGGUGCAUUACUUCUUGUGGAUGCUAGUCAGGGCAUUCAAGCGCAGACGGUUGCAAAUUUCUACUUGGCCUUUGCGCAAGGUCUCGAAUUGAUCCCUGUGAUCAAUAAGGUUGAUCUACCAUCUGCAGAUCCAGAGCGGGCUUUGGAGCAAAUGAAGAAUUCUUUUGAGCUUGACACCGAGAAUGCAGUUCAAGUUUCGGCUAAAACUGGGUUAAAUGUGGAGCAAUUGCUUCCAACCGUUGUUGAGAAGAUCCCAGCCGGCUUCUACAGGCCCGUGGGUGACAGCAAAAAACCGCUCAGAAUGCUCCUAGUUGACUCUUGGUACGAUUCAUACAAGGGUGUCAUACUACUUGUACGUGUCUUCGAUGGCGAAGUGCGCUCAGGUCAGCAACUCGUGUCUUUCGCUACUGGUCUUAAAUAUUAUGUUGGAGAGGUUGGAAUAAUGCAUCCUCUUGAGACGGCCCAGACGGUCCUUCGUGCCGGGCAAGUCGGGUAUAUAUACUUCAACCCCGGCAUGAAGCGUAGCAAGGAGGCUAAGAUUGGCGACACAUUUACCCAUGUGGGAUCAGAGAAGGCCGUCACACCCCUUCCAGGAUUCGAAGAGCCCAAGUCCAUGGUCUUUGUCGCUGUGUAUCCUGUCAAUGCAGAUCACUUCGAACACCUCGAGGACAGCAUUAAUCAAUUGAUCCUGAACGACCGAAGUAUCACAGGACGCUUCAUUGUUCUGUAUUCGAAGACCGCCUCCGGCACGAACAUGGUGCCAGUAUCAUCAUUACCCCCCCCAUCGGUCCCAGUGAAGGUUCUAUGGAAAGAUGGCACAGAAGAUAUCAUUACCAACCCGGCCAAGUUCCCCGAUGACGAUAGCGCGCGGCUAAAGAUCGCUGAGAUCCAAGAGCCCUAUGUUCGGACGACUAUUACAUUUCCGGAAGAGUACCUAGGAAAGGUGAUAGAACUAUGUGAGUCUAACCGAGGCGAACAGAUCAGCAUCGAGUACUUCACAUCAACCCAAGUUAUCCUUAAGUAUGAGCUACCGCUCGCACAUCUGGUUGAUGACUUCUUUGGUAAACUGAAGGGUGGUACCAAAGGCUACGCUAGCCUGGACUACGAGGAAUCUGAAUGGAGGGCUGGCAACAUCGUCAAGCUUCAGCUUCUCGUCAACAAGGAGCCUGUCGAUGCUGUGGCCCGACUUAUGCACAUGAGCCAAGUCAGUCGCCAGGGAAGGAUAUGGGUCACUAAAUUUAAAGAGCAUGUUGAUCGGCAGCUAUUUGAGAUCAUCAUUCAAGCUGCUGUGGGCAAAAAGAUCAUUGCACGUGAGACAAUCAAGCCCUAUCGCAAGGACGUUUUGGCCAAGUUGCAUGCCAGCGAUGUGAGCCGACGACGGAAGCUACUGGAGAAGCAGAAGGAGGGCCGCAAAAAGCUUCGUGCCGUGGGAAAUGUGGUGAUCGAGCACAAAGCAUUCCAAGCAUUUUUGGCGAAGUAG